CGAAGACCGGUGCAAAUAGCUUGCGGAACACAGAUCUCCUUCCUGCUGUAUGCUUGGUUACAGUAUUGACAGGUCUAUAUCCAUAGCUUUUUUAUUUAACUGGAAUAACUCUUUGGAAAUGUUUUGCUUUUUGGCGGUGGAGAAAGGUACAAAUAACGCGGCUGUUUUUUAAUCUCCCCGUUGCUGGUCUGGUUUAUGGGACUUCGAGGAGCAUUUGUGCUAUAACCUUCAUAGCCGCACUGAGAGACAUUACCUACUGUAAAGGCAUCUUGACUACUCGUGCAGGAUGGCUGGGCUCUGUAGGGCAUUUCAGAAACCUUCAGCUGGGUGGAAGGAUUUAACAAGAGCGUUGCCUUUUCCGUGGAACGCGGUAUGUCGCUACAAAUUCACCAAAUCGCGGAUUCCUCCGGAGGUGUUUGAAGAACGAGCCAAAGAGCACGAGAAAUAUGGGGGUGACCCCGCUCAGCCGCACAAGCUGCACCUCGUCACCAGGAUUAAAAGCACCAUGCGGCGCCCCUACUGGGAGAAGAAGAUUGUGCAUGAUCUGGGGUUAGGAAAGGCUCAUCAGCCCCGUGUGCACAAAAACAUCCCUUCUGUCAACGCAAAACUGAAAAUUGUAAAGCACCUUCUGAGGAUCCAGCCCUUGAAGCUUCCACAUGGACUCCCAACUGAAGAGGAGCUGGCAGACACAUGUCUUAAGAGCACCGGGGAGCUUGUUGUAAGACGUUGUCUGAAGCCUUUGGAACAAAAAGCCAUUGAAUCGUAGCCCACUCCAAAUUCUUGAAUAUUUUGUAUAAUAAAACAUUGAAACCUA